CGAUGGCGAUACCGGUAUCCAGUCAAGCUCAAACCUUCCCAUUGGCCUUGACUUGAGCUUGGAUUUUACUUUGUACUCAUCGGUUUAUUUUCUUGUCUGUAUUCACCUAAACAUCGUCCUCUGUUGCAAUAUCAUUUACGCGACUACGAUGGCUGACUUUCAAUCUCAUCAAGUAUUCGUGGAGCUUGAGAAGCGGCUGCGAGAGGAUCCUGCAGUGGCCAAGAAGAUCAAGGGUAUUUACUGCUUCCAACUGCAUGGCGGUCCAGGUGGCAAGUCAGCCAGCUGGGUUGUGGAUUUGAAGUCGGCCACCCCUAGCAUCGCCCAGAAGGACGGCAAAGCUGACUGCACAAUCAAAAUGCAGGACGGUGACUUUGUCAAGCUGAUGACCGGUAAACUGGACGCUCAGAAGGCCUUCUUUGGUGGAAAGCUGAAGAUCAGUGGAAACAUGGCAUUGGCAAUGAAGCUAAAGGAACUGCAGCCCAAGGCACCCAAAUCCAAGCUGUAAGCUUCAGAAUGGAACUAGCUCUGAGUAUUCAUUUGCGAUGGCCAUCUGACUGGUAAAACACGUCUCGAGACUCGGUUGAUCCUUGUUGGCACCGCCCGUCCCGUCGCUCCUGUGUUCUCUGUUCUUUUCUAAACGCGGUUACCUGAACAAUUCUACUAUUUCUAGUUGCUUCCCGCUGCCACCACCGGGUGAGUGGCCGCAUGCCAGUUGACAGCUUGUGCGGUGAACUGAAUAAGUAUUUGCACCUGCUAGCUGCUCUCUUGGCUGGCUCUGAGAAAGUUGCAGCAGUGGAUUUAGUCAUUAUAAAUUAUUGUGCUUAGUUUGUACGUAGGUCAAUGUUGCUUCUCUUCUCCGGAUGGCUUGUUUGCAGCCAGUUCCACACCAACCCCCCUUAGAUUUUAUUAUUGCUGUUCAGUGGAUGAAUGCUGAUACUACGAGAACAAUAUUUACAAUCAGAAUUGAUGGAACCUGGAUCAAAAAGUACGAUAGUGCUUGCGUUGA